AUGGAAGCAAACGCAAAGAGAGCGAAGAAGAGAUCGCCAACACAAGGAAGUACAUGCGAGCAUGGACGGCGGCGAUCGAGAUGCAAGGAGUGCGGGGGCGGCAGCAUAUGCGAGCACGGGCGGGUCCGAUCAGGAUGCAAGGACUGCGGGGGCAGCAGCAUAUGCGAGCACGGGCGGGUCCGAUCAGUAUGCAAGGGCUGCGGGGGCAGCAGCAUAUGCGAGCACGGGCGGGUGAGAUCGGUCUGCAAGGGCUGCGGGGGGGGCAGCAUAUGCGAGCACGGGCGGCGGCGAUCGCAUUGCAAGGGAUGCGGGGGCAGCAGCAUAUGCGAGCACGGGCGGCAGCGAUCGGGAUGUAAGGAGUGCGGGGGCAGCAGCAUAUGCGAGCACGGGCGGGUGAGAUCGGUAUGCAAGGGAUGCGGGGGCACCAGCAUAUGCGAGCACGGGCGGCGGCGAUCGGGAUGCAAGGGAUGCGGGGGCAGGAGCAUAUGCGAGCACGGGCGGGAGCGAUCAACAUGCAAGGAGUGCGGGGGGGGCAGCAUAUGCGAGCACGGGCGGCGGCGAUCGCAUUGCAAGGGAUGCGGGGGCAGCAGCAUAUGCGAGCACGGGCGGGAGCGAUCGAGAUGCAAGGAGUGCGGGGGCAGCAGCAUGUGCGAGCACGGGCGGGAGCGAUCGAGAUGCAAGGAAUGCGGGGGCAGCAGCAUAUGCGAGCACGGGCGGGUCCGAUCGCAAUGCAAGGGAUGCGGGGGGGGCAGCAUAUGCGAGCACGGGCGGCACGGGCGGGUCCGAUCGGGAUGCAAGGGAUGCGGGGGCAGCAGCAUAUGCGAGCACGGGCGGCAGCGAUCGGGAUGCAAGGAGUGCGGGGGCAGCAGCAUAUGCGAGCACGGGCGGGUGAGAUCGCAAUGCAAAGACUGC